CUCGUUCCGAGGGCAAUUGUGCACAGUCUGUGGGCAAUAUAUUGGUGGGCACACACGCACCCCUCUGAUCUCCCACGCCCACAGAGAUGGCUGCCAAGAGUAACCACCUCCCCGCCCAUUGCACUUGCAGCAGUCCAGAGGGGGAUAGAGCGCGCAAGGCCACAGGUGCGCGAGGAGGAGGAGGAGGAGGAGGUAGAGGAAGCGAGGCCUGCGCCAGAGGAACUUCCCCCACCUGCUGUCGAGGAGCAAGAGGAGGGUGUGCCCGAGGGAUUGGAGGCACCACCAGAGCCACCGGCCGAGCAGCCCCAAGAUGCUGGGAUGGGCAGAGACCUGGCCAUUCGGGAGGCAGCUCUGGGGGAAGACCCUGGCGGCAGGCGUGGGCCACAACAGAGCCGGCUGCGCCGACCUGUGGUGGAGGCACCACCAGAGCCACCGGCCGAGCAGCCCCAAGAUGCUGGGAUGGGCAGAGACCUGGCCAUUCGGGAGGCAGCUCUGGGGGAAGACCCUGGCGGCAGGCGUGGGCCACAACAGAGCCGGCUGCGCCGACCUGUGGUGGAGGCACCACCAGAGCCACCGGCCGAGCAGCCCCAAGAUGCUGGGAUGGGCAGAGACCUGGCCAUUCGGGAGGCAGCUCUGGGGGAAGACCCUGGCGGCAGGCGUGGGCCACAACAGAGCCGGCUGCGCCGACCUGUGGUGGAGGCACCACCAGAGCCACCGGCCGAGCAGCCCCAAGUUUCUAGCGUUGGCGAGGCUCCACCAACAAGCGCGCCCCAUGAAGGCCCCUCUACCAGCAGUAUGUCAGGGCCACCAGCGAGCAACCCUCAGGGGACGGACAACGUCCUGAACGCCAUUGAGGCACUGGAGGGCCGAAUCAUGAACACCCUGAACAAUGUGCAGAGCAGACUUGACACCGUGGAGCGCCUGCUCCUCUACCAGGGAAGGAAGCACAGGGCGCUUGAGAGGCGUGUUCGGGCACUGGAGCAGCAGUUGUCCGCACAGCAGUCGACUGCAAGGGAGCAGUGAGAUGACGGGGGGUG